AAAUUUUGUAUUUUUAUAAAUGAAAAAUACAAAAAAUAUAAAUUUUCUUAGCUUAUUUUAUUAUAACAUAUUUUAUUGUAGACAUUCGACGUUACGGUGCUCAAAUUUGAAAUACUGUUUGUCACGAUCACCUGUUUGUCGUCUUCUGCUUACAUCUAACAAGGCCAUAUAAGAGAAUAUAAAUUUGUUUGCUUUCGGAGACAUUCCGGCACUUUCGACGUUUUAGUAUUUCAGUAUUUCAGUAUCAUCCGCGAAGAGCAACCGUAACGAGAAGUAUUCUUUUAAAUAAAGGUCAACGAUUUAAAACUAAUUUGUGCCUACAUUACGUAUAUCCAUAACGUAUUACCUAUCGUGUGCGCGUGUUAAUCAAAUUAAAUUAUUACAAUAAAAUUUACAAGAAAAAAAUAUGUAAAAUUUUGUUGUUGCACAUUUGCAAAAGAAUUAGUAAAAGCAAAGUAAUAUUUAGUGGAGGACUCCCACUAAGUUGCAUGUCGAAAGGCGGACGUCAAAAUUCCUUAACGUCACAAGAUAUAACUGCGAAAAUAAUUUCUCAACAUUGUUUUAGAUGUCAAUAUAGCUCAGGGUUAGAGAAGUUCAAGUUGUAAUCAGAAGUUGUGACAUCAUCGCGACGAUAUCGGUACACUGAAUAUAAAAUCUCCGUCAAGUUUAACACUUGGCAGUUUUGAGAAAACCUUCGUAACUGUAGUAUUAAGCGUAAUAUUCAUCGUUAGAAUUUCCGCGUUAUUUUUUAAGUUACAAUGCAAUACAUUUUGAAUGCGGCUAAAUGCUCUAGACUCUUAAGCAAACGCGGUAUCGUGGCUCGACAUGUGCGUGGAUUGCAAUCGAGUAAUUUACGAAAACAGAAUUUUGAAAAAUUGUUUCCCCGACAUGAGGAAUUUCAAAAGAGGCAUAUUGGACCCAGGGAACAUGAACAAAUGGAAAUGCUGCGAACCAUUGGAUUUAAGAGUCUCGAUGAGUUAACGGAAGCGGCAGUGCCAGCUAAAAUUCUUCACAAAGGAGAUUUGAAUCUUAACGAGCCACUUACUGAAUAUGAUUUAAUGAAGCAAAUCACCAAAAUUUCGGAAAAGAAUGACAUCUGGCGUUCUUACAUAGGCAUGGGAUACCACAAUUGUUGCGUGCCGCAUACAAUUAUGCGUAAUAUUUUUGAGAAUCCGGGAUGGACAACACAAUAUACCCCUUAUCAACCAGAAAUUGCACAAGGACGGCUGGAGGGUCUACUAAACUACCAAACUAUGAUAUGUGAUUUCACGGGAAUGGAAGUGGCAAACGCCUCUCUUUUGGACGAAGGGACAGCAGCAGCGGAAGCCUUGGCCCUCACACACAGACACAAUAAAAGAAAAAAAUUAUUCCUCUCCGAUCAAGUGCAUCCUCAAACUAUUAGCGUGAUUGCAACACGCGCCGCUUCUUUAGGUUUGAAAUUAGAAGUGGGAGAUGUAUUUAAAGUAGAUACCAGUGCAAAAGAUAUUGCCGGUAUUCUUGUACAAUAUCCUGAUACAACUGGUUCCAUACACGAUUUUGAUGACAUUGUUGCGAGGGCGCACUCUGACGGGACACUCGUUUGUGCCGCUACCGAUUUGCUAGCGUUAGCCGUGCUUCAACCACCGAGCGAAUUCGACGUCGACAUCUGCGUGGGUACAAGUCAGCGUUUCGGAGUACCACUUGGGUAUGGCGGGCCUCACGCUGGAUUCUUCGCGUGUCGACAGAAACUAGUGCGUUUAAUGCCCGGCAGAAUGAUAGGCGUCACAAGGGACUCCAGUGGACAGGAGGCUUAUCGGUUGGCUCUUCAAACGCGCGAGCAACACAUCAGGAGAGACAAAGCCACGAGCAACAUCUGUACUGCACAAGCAUUGCUGGCCAACAUGUCCGCAAUGUAUGCGGUGUACCAUGGACCACAAGGAAUACGAGAGAUCGCAAGCAGAGUGCACAAUUUAACGCUGAGUCUCGCGAGAGGACUGGAACUAACUGGCAACUCGAUAAAUAAUAUAUAUUUUUUUGACACAAUCAAAGUAUCGCCAAAAAUCUCCGUACAGACGAUAAAGGAAAACGCGACCAAAGCUAAAGUAAAUUUAAGAUAUUAUAGCGAUGACACGGUUGGAAUAUCUCUCGACGAGACCACAACAAUAGAAGACGUCAACGAUCUUUACAAAAUAUUUUCAGCGGACACGACAGUGGAGGAAGUCGUUAAGGACGAAAGUUUUCUUACGCGAAGUUUAGACAAAUCAGACUUCUUUCACCGUACCGUUCCGUACUUGCAACAUCCCGUCUUCAAUAGUCAUCAUUCGGAGACGAGGAUAGUUAGAUACAUGAAAUCUCUAGAAAAUAAAGAUGUGUCCCUUGUGCACAGCAUGAUCCCACUGGGUUCUUGCACGAUGAAGCUGAACUCCACGACGGAGAUGAUGCCUUGCAGUCUGCAAGGUUUUACGGACGUGCAUCCCUUCGCCCCGCUUGAACAGGCUCAGGGGUAUCAACGACUGUUCGCCGAAUUAGAACGAGAUUUGUGCGCGAUAACGGGUUACGAUGGCAUCAGUUUUCAGCCAAACAGCGGGGCACAGGGCGAAUAUGCAGGCUUGAGAGCUAUACAGUGUUACCACGAGUCGAAGAACGACAAGCACAGGCAGGUCUGUCUGAUUCCAAUAUCCGCGCAUGGCACAAAUCCCGCAUCCGCGCAAAUGGCAGGUAUGCGGGUGGAGCCGAUCUUCGUACGGAAAGACGGCUCCAUUGAUAUGGCGCACCUGAAGGAAAUGGUCGACAAAUACCGUAAGACACUGUCUUGUCUCAUGAUCACGUAUCCGUCGACAAAUGGAGUGUUCGAGGAGACGAUCGGCGAUAUAUGCGAUAUGAUACACGAUGCCGGAGGCCAGGUAUACCUGGACGGUGCCAACAUGAACGCUCAAGUCGGUCUGUGUCGACCAGGCGAUUACGGCAGCGACGUGUCGCAUCUCAACUUGCACAAAACGUUCUGCAUUCCUCAUGGUGGCGGUGGGCCUGGCAUGGGUCCUAUCGGAGUAAAGCGACAUCUUAUACCUUUCCUGCCGAAUCAUCCGGUAAUAAGUUGCACGGACAACGGUAAAGGUGACGUGAAGAAUCUCGGUGCCGUGUCGGCCGCGCCCUUCGGCUCGUCUGCCAUUUUACCAAUUUCAUGGGCCUACAUCAAGAUGAUGGGUCCGAAGGGUUUGCGCAAGGCCACGCAAGUGGCUAUCCUCAAUGCCAAUUACAUGAGCAAGAGACUAGAGAAAUAUUACAAAACGUUAUACAAGGGCGGAACCGGACUGAUCGCGCACGAAUUCAUCCUGGACAUAAGGGACUUUAAAAAGACCGCGAACGUCGAGGCCGUCGAUAUCGCGAAGAGAUUGAUGGAUUAUGGUUUCCACGCUCCGACAAUGAGUUGGCCCGUAACUGGCACUUUAAUGAUCGAACCAACCGAAUCCGAAGACAAGACUGAAUUAGACAGAUUCUGCGAUUCCCUGAUACUCAUAAGGAAGGAAAUUGCGGAUAUCGAGGAAGGAAAAUUGGACAUUGCUCAAAAUCCUCUGAAAAUGGCACCUCACACACAGGAGCAAGUAAUAACGACCGAGUGGAAUCGAGCAUACUCGCGAGAAUUAGCGGCCUUUCCUGCUCCGUUCGUGAAAGGAGGCAACAAGAUUUGGCCGAGCGUCGGAAGGAUAGACGACAUAUACGGUGAUAAGAAUCUAUUCUGCACGUGUCCGCCCAUUUUGCCGGAACAAUAAUCGAGAUGUUAUUCAUAUUCAUUAUGUACAGUGCGUUAGUUAUAAUAGGAUUAUUUAAAUAUUUAUUUUAACUUUUAUAUAAAUAUAUUAUUUAUAUAAAACAUAAUGCUGUUUUUUAUCAUUAAGAUGUCUCAUCAAGAUGUAAUUAUGUCAUUAAAAUACAACAAAGAUUUCUUUUCAAA